AUGUCGCGCGGGAACCGGGAUAAGGUGUCGGGCAUCCUCAAGGGCUCAAUGCGGGACAACUACACGGAGCACGGUGUGGACGAGUACUACAAAAAGGUUGGUGCGACAUACCGCAAUCCGCACUUCCCGGGCGUGAAGAGCUGCCUCUUCCUAUGGAUGAACAGGUGGUGGACCAUGCGUCAACCUCAUAUCGAUGCAAAGAGGUUCAUGGUCUUUGACAUGGCUUGCGGUGCUGGUGAGGCAACCCAGGCGAUCAUGGAGUGGUGGAAGGCAGGCCGCGAUCGCUACACCGAUCGUAAGAAUGCGCAAGCAGCAGCCAGAGACGUCCCCGAUUCAGAUGAAGAGCAUGACGGUGCCUUGCAUCCUCGCUGCGGACCCGGCACGUACCUCCCAAGCCCAUACUACACUGCACAAGCGUUCCACACUCGCACCGGCCUCUACGCCCACCCACUUUCCUUCAAGGACAUCGCAGAAGGCCAGCUUCCAGAAAUCGCUUCAAAGCCCAUUGGGGCGCCCAAGGGUGGGUCUGCGCCUGUGACCCCGUCACCCAGCUUUAUCAUCCGCAGUCCUACUGCAUCUGUGACAAGCGCAUCGAGCAGUCAAGACGGCGAUGGGAUCAUCGAAAUGGUGGUCUGUUCGUUCGCGUUGCACCUCAUCGAGAAGCCGUCGGCACUGUUCUCCCUGCUCUGGGAGCUGAGGUACAUGAAGGACGGAUGGGGGUGGUGCAAGUGGGAUGUGGAAACAUGGUCCGAGUGCCGGAUGUCGGAUCCGUCGGGGGAGCUCUUGGAGGACAGAGUCCACUGCCGUGUGUUUCGGAGCCUGAACGUAUAA